ACUCAGAUACUCGUUCGCAGCGGACGGCCGAGCUGAGAUACGCGAUCGCGAGCUUGUUGUUGGCCCAGCCAAGCGAAAGUGAAAACGGAACGCCCAGAUGCACGCCGAAUAAAUCCAGCGAAGUAGCAACAAAAGCGGGAAAUGUGAAAAUGCGCGCGGCAGUGGGUUGAAGCGAGACGGGUAGAGCUAGAGCGAUGCCCGUUUGCCCGCUGUGCGUGUGUGUGUGUGCAGCGGCGGCCGUAGCAGCUGCUGGUAUGUGUGUGUACCGCAAGUGCAGGAGCCUGCAUUGCAAAAACAAAAGCGAGUGCGAAAAGAACAGCAAACAGGACUAAAAGUGACGGACUCGAUUCCCCGGGGAAUCCCCCCAAUUUGUGCAUAAUCCGAAAUGCGCGGAAAAGCGAACGAAAGCUGCGAAUUCGUUACACUGCUGCACUUGGACUUUUCGGGGCGCUCUGAAAAAUCGAUUGGCCGCAAGGAAAGUGGCGACCGCGAAAUAAUGCAGCCUUUGGGCUCCUUCGAGGCAGCUGCACUGCGCGAAAAGUCCAGCAAAGAUGCCGAGAUGAAGGUGCUAACCCAGUGAAGAGCCAGCAGUUACUCGAAUCCGGAAGCGAGGAGCGACGACAUGUCGAAAAUGAGGGGUCGCAUUCUGAUCCCACUGCCCAAUACCGGAGCGAUGGGUCGCAAGCGCAACAACUUCUACAUGCGGAGUCUGUUCCUGCUGGCCCUGGGCAUCUUUGGCCUGCUCCAGUACAACAACUUCAACUAUCUGGACUCGCGGGACAAUGUGCUGGGCGACGCGGUGACCAACGACUCGGACGACGCCAUCCUGGCCAUGGUGCCCGCCACCCUGCACAAGUAUCUGACCCCCCACUCGCGCAAUCACAGCGCCUCGGGAGCAGGAGCCCUCAACGGCGCUGCCCUGCCCCUGAACGCCAGUAGUCCGGGAGCAGCUACUGCCAGCACCAUCAGCUUCGACGUGUACCAUCCUCCGAAUAUCACCGAGAUCAAGCGCCAGAUCGUGAGGUACAACGACAUGCAGAUGGUGCUCAACGAGGACGUUUUUGGACCGCUGCAGAACGACUCUGUGAUAAUCGUGGUGCAGGUGCACACGAGGAUCACGUACCUGCGCCACCUGAUCGUCAGCCUGGCGCAGGCCCGGGACAUCUCGAAGGUGCUGCUGGUGUUUUCGCAUGACUACUACGACGACGACAUCAACGACCUGGUGCAGCAGAUCGACUUCUGCAAGGUGAUGCAGAUCUUCUAUCCGUACUCCAUUCAGACGCAUCCUAACGAGUAUCCCGGCGUGGAUCCCAACGACUGCCCGCGGAACAUCAAAAAGGAGCAAGCUCUGAUCACCAACUGCAACAAUGCGAUGUACCCCGAUCUCUAUGGCCACUAUCGGGAGGCGAAGUUCACGCAGACGAAGCACCACUGGAUCUGGAAGGCCAACCGGGUGUUCAACGAACUGGAGGUGACCCGCUAUCACACAGGACUGGUGCUGUUCCUCGAGGAGGACCACUACGUGGCCGAGGACUUCCUGUACCUGCUGGCCAUGAUGCAGCAACGCACCAAAGACUUGUGCCCCCAGUGCAACGUGCUGUCCCUGGGCACCUAUCUCAAGACCUUCAACUACUACACGUACCACAGCAAGACUAACAAGAAAUCCUAUGCUUCCUCGCUGAUCUCGACAAACAGUCUAUUAGGAUACAAUAGGAAUAACAAUAGAAACUCUGUGCAAUUAGCUGUGUCGUCCUCUUACUCCUCCUCAUCAUCUGCGCAAUCACCACCGCCAUCCAAAGUCUAUGUGGGCGACACAUCUGACAACCAGAGAGCCAGUGACUCCAGUAGCAGGCGGGGCAACCUCAUCAACACUGUCACCGCCACAGCCACCGCCACCGCCGCCACAUCCGACACCAGCAAUAACGAGCAAAGUAGCCAUAGCAGCAGCAAAAAUGGUGCACAAACAUGGAACUAUCAUGUCCUGCCGUCAUUGUAUUCCGUCUAUCAGAAGGUGGAGGUCAUGCCCUGGGUCAGCAGCAAGCACAACAUGGGCUUCGCCUUCAAUCGCACCACCUGGUCGAACAUCCGGAAGUGCGCCCGCCACUUCUGCACCUACGAUGAUUACAACUGGGACUGGUCCUUGCAGCACGUUUCGCAGCAGUGUCUGCGGCGAAAGCUGCACGCCAUGAUAGUCAAGGGGCCGCGAGUCUUCCACAUUGGAGAAUGCGGCGUUCACCACAAGAACAAGAACUGCGAGUCCAACCAGGUGAUCUCGAAGGUGCAGCACGUGCUGCGCAUAGCCCGCAACUCGCACCAGCUCUUCCCGCGCUCCCUCACCCUCACGGUGCCCAGUCUGAUGAAGAAGUCCAAGCUGCGCAAGGGCAACGGCGGCUGGGGCGACAUGCGGGAUCACGAGCUGUGCCUCAACAUGACGCUGGCCACGAGGUAAAGCCGGGGAGCCCACGGAAUGGAAACCAAUCAGUCAGUAGCAAGGAAGUCUAGCUCAUAGCGUUAUCUAAGUAGGAUUAUUAAGCAGUAGCCUUAGUCACUGUAAACGAACAUUCAGCAAGUACUCUGCAUCAGCUAACUAACCGAAAAUAAUCAAAGCCAGAAGGCAGAAGCCGGAAGCUAGAAGGCACGAGCCGGUAACCGAAAGCCAGAAGCCCAAAGACCCUCGCCUCGGGCGCUGCACAACUCAUACUAUAAGUAACCCUCUAGUCACACAUUCAAAUGGAAACGCCGUGUUGUUGCAACCUCCAACCUUGUGCCGUUCGCCCUUCAGUUCGUCGAUCAUCACUGGAAGCGUUUAGGCUCCGUCCAGAUCCGAGGAUCGACAGAGUUCCGAGCGACGGGGCGGCAAUCCUCCCAACUGAAACCAGAAACUAAACCUACGAAUACUAGCGAUAGACUAUAUACAUACAUAUGUACUAACUCGUAUCCCCAGAUUGUGCCGAAGCCGUUUCGCAAGCGGCCAAUUAACUUGAGUCUAAAUCUAGAGGCAGCAAAUCGCAUAAACUAGUCAUAGCAAUGUACCACAGCACAUGCGCUAUAAUACAUCAUAGAUCAAACUUUUGAUAUAUCUACGAGCCUACGUUUUAAGCCUGUACAUAGAGGAAUUGCGUUGUAUACAUCACAUAAGGUCUUUUUAUGAUAUAAACGCGGAACUAAUGUAAUUUGUUAUUUUUUAAUCGUUAGUCCAAAGCGCUUUUAUGUAUUAGGAAUUUUGAUUAAUCGAACGAAUAAUCCUAGUGAAUAAACGCCAAGUAAAUGCUCUACCAGUAUAUACUUUAAAAACAA